UUUCAAGUAUAGGGUUGUAAAGUAAUGUAUUAAUCCUUUGCCACAUUUGUUCUGAUAUGGUCGCGGUCGAGUGCUGUCCUGUCUGUGUUUUGUCAGUCUGCAUUCCUGUAAACAGUUUCUCACGCUUCUCGCAGCUCGCGGGUGUUUUAAACAGUACCAAACUGGGCAGAGUAAAUUGUCAAGGGAGCUUGGUCCAACGCGAAGGCAAAAACCUCUACUCAUUGCUCAGUGGCUCGGGGCGUGUUUUUUCUGCUGUGGGUGUUCCCAAGCAGGACGUAGGCGGCAACGCUCCCUGCAUCGGUUUGAGGCUCCAACAGUUCGUGGGAAAGCGAUACAGAGGGAAUUGUUUAGGCACCAGUGAAGUCUACCUGGACGCGCACCCUUCCACGGAGACGCACGCACUUGCUAUCACCAUGAAGAGGCCUUGCGAGGAUAGUACUUCUGACAGCGACAUGGAUGAAACUAUUGAUGUCGGCAGUGAGAAUAAUUAUUCUGGACACAGCAAUGGGUCAUUCAUUAGAUGUGGCUCCCCAACAACAACAACCCAGGUGAUGGCAAGGAAAAAAAGGAGAGGGAUCAUUGAGAAGAGAAGGAGGGAUCGAAUCAAUAAUAGUUUAUCUGAGUUACGACGACUUGUCCCAACUGCAUUUGAAAAACAAGGUUCUGCCAAAUUAGAGAAGGCAGAAAUAUUGCAGAUGACAGUGGAUCACCUAAAGAUGCUUCAGGCCACUGGUGGUAAAGGGUACUUUGAUGCCCACGCGCUGGCCAUGGACUUCAUGAGCGUGGGCUUCAGGGAGUGUCUGACCGAGGUGGCCAGGUACCUGAGCUCUGUGGAGGGACUGGACAGCAGCGACCCGCUACGCGUGCGCCUCGUCUCGCACCUCAGCACCUGCGCGUCCCAGAGGGAGGCGGCCGCCAUGACCUCCUCCAUGGCCCACCACCAGCAGACGCUCCACCCGCACCACUGGGCUGCUUUCCACCCCCUCCCCGCCACCUUCCUCCAGCAGGGCGGACUGCCCUCCCCAGACGGCACCGCCGGCAGGCUUUCCGUCGAGGUGCCCCAGCGUGGCUCGGCUCUUCUGACGGCCACCUUCUCCCACACCGACUCGUCGCACAGGGCGCCCUCCGGUGGCGGCGGGGCGCCCUGUGUCCCCCCGAUCUCCACCUCCCUGCUGUCGCUAUCCGCGACGGUUCACGCGGCGGCCGCCGCCGCCGCCGCCGCCCAGACUUUCCCCCUGUCGUUCCCCGGAGGAUUCCCCAUCUUCACGCCGCACAGCGGGGGCGGCACGGCGUCCAUGGUAGCUACAGCUGUGAGCCCCUCCGCCACGCCCACGUCACAGCACAGCAGAGACAGGGAGAGCAGCAGCAACAAGCCAUACAGACCUUGGGGCACAGAAGUCGGAGCCUUUUAAGUAUUAAACUUUUCAAAGACUUCAGCAAAGGAACAAUACUUUUUUAUUAAGCAUAGCUUGGACUUUAAUUCCCCCAUCUAAUUGAAUGUUUGGUCAGUGUGCGGAGUCAGAGAACAUGCACGUUUUCUAAUGGGAGGUAGGGAGGGAGAAAGAGGAUGAUUAAGUCCCCUUUUAAUGUACUAAUUAUUUUUAUUAAAGGACUAUGCUUUAUAUAGACAUCUCCAACUUCCAUUUUCUCCCCCUUCAGUGCCAGUUUUCGUUUUGAUAUUUUUCUUAGGACUGUUGCUGGACUGCUUUUUUCCUGAAAGACAUUUUCUUUGGGGGUGUAUGUGAAACAGCAACAAUAUCUCUUAAAAUAUUCAGCAGGAGUUUUAUUCUACUCAGAUCUCAGCUUAGUUCAGUGUGAGUAAGCAGUGUCUUUAGUUUGGAGGUGUUCUAAUCAAUCAGAUGAAAAACCUUGGAAGAAGAACCAAAGGUUUCAGAGAUAAUCAGUCAGUGAAAACAAAAAAAAAUUGUGUGUUUCUAAUCUAAUCCAUUAACUAACACAUUUGUAUAUAGUAUAUAUAUACAUAUAUAUAUAUAUAUAUUAAAUAAAUAUGAGAUGAACUACAAGAUAUAUUAAAGAAAGAAGUACACAUAUUUGGUAUGAUGCACUAUGAUGCAAUUUGCUGCUGGAAGUUCCAAAACAACACAUCUGAGUGCUUCCAACUGCAGUUCAAUUAUACUACUGUAACUGGUUUGUUUUUUUGUUUUUUAUUUUAUUCUAAGAGAUGUAACAGUUUUCUAUGCAAAUGAGCCCUCUGGGACUACUCUACAGAUGUUACUGAUUAAAAAUGUUUUUUUGAAUAUUU